AGGCGUGACCCUCGUGCCUGUCAAUCAGGGGAGUGUUGAAAGUUCAUUUAGGGAGAGAGUCUUCGUCUUCUGUAGUGUCUCGACAAGAUAAGACCUAAAAUACACUUUUUUCCUCGAACUGACCGUGGCAACCGAGUUACCCAUUAAGAAUGGCUACCUUGUGUCGCAAUGUGGGAAUUUGCGCCUCUCAUCUACACACAAGCAGUCGUUUCUCUGCCAAACAGCAUUACAAAAUGCUGGUGCUCGGAGGGGGAACUGGAGGAAUUGCAAUGAGUGCUCGCAUGAAACGAAUGCUGGGAGCUGAGAAUGUGGCUGUUGUGGAACCCAGUGAGAUGCACUACUAUCAGCCUUUAUGGACUCUGGCUGGUGCUGGAGCUAAAACUGUGGCUUCAUCAGGAAGGCUUACAUCAAGUGUUAUGCCAUCAGGUGUUAAACUGUUCAAAUCUAAAGUGCAGGAAAUAAAUCCGGACACAAACACGGUGCGCAGCGACGAUGGGACGGAGAUCUCCUACGAGUAUCUGAUUGUGGCUCUUGGGUUGCAGCUCCAUUUUGAGAAGAUCAAAGGUCUUCCUGAAGGAUUUGAACAUCCGAUGAUUGGCUCCAACUAUUCGGUGGAAACUGUGGAUAAAACUUGGAAAGCUCUACAGAAUUUCAAAGAAGGCAACGCUGUGUUCUCCUUCCCAAACACGCCGAUCAAAUGUGCCGGAGCGCCACAAAAGAUAAUGUACCUCACAGAUGCUUUCCUUAGAAAGACAGGAAAGAGGGAAAAAGCCAAUAUUAUUUACAACACAUCACUUCCCGUGUUGUUUGGGGUGAAGAAAUAUGCUGACUCACUUUGGGACAUUGUGAAGCAACGUGAUCUCAAAGUCAACUUGAGGCAGAACCUUAUUGAAGUACGGGCAGACAAGCAAGAAGCAGUGUUUGAAAAUCUUGAUAAACCGGGCGAAACCACAGUCUUUGAGUACGGAAUGCUUCAUGUAACGCCACCCAUGGGACCCAACUCCGUGAUUAAAAAUAGCCCAUUGGCGGAUGAGUCCGGCUGGUUGGACGUCGAUAAAGACAACCUUCAACAUAAAAGGUACCCAAAUGUGUUUGGGAUUGGAGACUGCACGAACCUGCCAACUUCAAAAACUGCUGCAGCUGUAGCCGCACAGUCUGCUGUUCUGAACAGAACUAUCAAAAUGACACUGAAUAACGAGAAACCAGACAAAAAGUAUGAUGGCUACACGUCAUGUCCAUUGGUUACGAGCUACAACACAGUCGUUUUGGCAGAGUUUGACUACAAUGGGCAACCACUAGAAACAUUCCCCAUCGACCAAGGCAAAGAACGGAGACUGAUGUACCACAUGAAAGCUGAUGUUAUGCCUCACCUCUACUGGCACGGACUCCUUAAGGGCUUAUGGGGUGGACCAGAACCAUACAGAAAACUCAUGCAUUUAGGAAUGAAAUGAUUCCUCACUAUCGGUGUGUUUAUUGAAAAAUAUCCUUAUGCUUCUAACUAAUUUUCACUGCCAGCCGUCUCAGUUCAAAUGGACUGGAUGCUUAUUGUCAACAAUGCUAUUGUAACACAACUAUUCACUGUCAGCCUUCGAAUUCGAGAUAGAUUGGUUAUCUAUCACUAUCAAGCGCAAUGAACUAAUAGCCGAAAUAUGAGUAAUAUUCAGCCACAAUCAAAGAACAAAAAUUAGGUUUAAGAUAACAAACCAACUGAUUCAAUUGCUCAAAUGUUAUUGUCAUGAAUUAGUUUGAAACAAUUAGUUUUGUUCAUUUUUUAUUUACAGUUAAUAGAAGAUACUUUUUGGGUGCUGAAUUUAAAAAAAAAAAAAAAAAACAAAA